CAUUCACUUACUUUCACAAUUCCAUCACCUCUUUUUGUACUCCCUUCCCACACCUUAAAUUUCCCCUCAAAAGUGUCCCCAAAUCUACGCCACCAAAACCAACCCUGAGGAGAUCAUUCUUGAACAUAACAAAUUACCAAAUGAACAAACGACACAAACAAACAACCCCGUCAGGCUUCAAACUCAAAUCAUUUUCACGGCCUCCAACAUAUUCCAUCUCAUCAUCUCCUUCAACUAUGAAGACACUAUACCGCAAAGGCACAGUUCAUCCUUCUCCACCAAUAAUAUCCGGCCAACUGUCCUUUCUUCCCGCCACAAUCCUCACCCUCACGGCGACGCUGUCUCCUCAAGAUAUAGAGGUUUUAGCUUAUCUCAUCUCUUAUCAGAGAAAAAACAACACCACCCAGAAGACUGCCAGAGAUGCUCCACUCACUAAAAGUAAAAGUAAUAGUAACGAUCAUCCUCCCCUUUUCAGCUGUGAUUGUUUUAGAUGUUAUAUGAGUUACUGGGUCUGGUGGGACGCCUCGCCUAAUCGCCAACUCAUACACGAGAUCAUCGACGCUUUUGAAGACGAGCUGCUGCGUAAUAACAAGAAGGUGAUCAAGAGCAACAAGAAGGAUAAGAAAAAGAAAGGCGGCGGAUGUAAGUAUAAGUAUAACAACGAUAACUCGUGUGAGUUGCAGCGUCAGUUGAGUAGUUUGGGAAAGGAGCAGUCAGCUGAGUCAGAAUCUUUAGAUGGUGCAAAGGGUUUCGACCAUGAAGAUAAUAGAUGUUUAGUGAAGAGUUUCCUUCGCUUUAUUGGCGAAAAAAUUUGGGGUGUUCGGGGAUAAGUAGGAAAAAGUUGCUUUCUUUUGAAGCAUAGAUCAGUGUCUCAAAAUCAACCCAUCAAUGGUGAUGUUUCCAUCUUAAUUUCUUCUCAUAUUUUGUGCAUAUGAUUAUGAUAAGCGCUUUCAUUACAAUUU